AUGAUAGUAGGUGAAGUAGAAGACGAGCUAAGGGAUAUAGAUAAUGAUAUUAUCUCUCUAGAAGCUGAAAUCAAGCAAUUGAAGUCAGAAGAAUCUUUUCUUUUAGCUGAACUCAAGAAGUAUGAAUUGGAUAACACUAAGACGAAACAAUCAAAAGAAGAUCCAAAGUAUGAUACUGAUAUUCCUGCUAUAAUAAGACAUGAUCAUUUCGAUCCUUCAAUUUCAAAGUUUUUUAGUCAAGAUGUUGUCGAAUCAAGAAUUGUUAAACCUAAGAAUGGUUUACUGUCAAGUAGAGAACCUAUUGACAAUCUGGAAGUAAAGGAGAAUAUUUUAUAUGAGAAUAUACUUAGAAUGGCUGGGGUAACUACGUUCCCCUUGAACAAUCACGUAUUAGGCAAUUCAGAUAAUUGGUUGGGUCUCCGGUUUGAUAUCUAUUCAGCAUCCUCUUCUAAGUUCGUCACUCCACAUUAUGCUAUCUUGAAAAAGGUUAAAAGUGAAAAUAAGGCUCAAGAACUAGAAGAAUCAUGGUCAUUACACAGACAUACAUUACCACAAUUUCUCCAAUUAGAAGAACUACAAAAACUUUUGAAAGAUUUAGAGGAUGGUCCUCGAAGAUUUGCUUUUGCAAUUCGUCGUCAACUUGCCAAGCUUCAAUAUAAAGCGGAUAAGAUAGCCAAAUUGAGUUCGUUUAAUUUGGGGCAUUUUGGAGUCAAGUCAUCAAAGCCUAUAAUUCUUAAAAUCGAUAAGGAUUUACAAUGUCAAAGAAUAAAGCUAUUCAUCAUCAAUAGAAUGAGCUUAACAAAAAAGACACACGUAAUAGAGCUAAGUUGUACUGACGAAGCUGUUGAAUUCAUUCAAGUAGACUUGACCGAUGUUGAUUCAGAUACUAGAAAUGAUAUUCUAGUAUGUCAGAGUAUUUUAAAAGAUACAAAGUUUGAAGAUUUGUUUAAGAACUUUAGAAGAUUAUUCGAACAUCUUAUACAACAACAAUUAAUAUGA